UCACACAAAAUUUGAUGAGAAUCUGAAAAGAUGGCUUCGGAUCGCAGCCAAAUGUUCGCCGCUACAGUAGUGGCCCUCCUCGCUGUAACGUCAACUGUGCAUAUCGCCUUCGGGCAGGAUGUGGCCUGCUCACCCACGCCUCCCACGAUAUCUGACGGUCAGUCGCAAUCCAGGUAUUCCAAGAGCUUUUGCCCCAACGGGACCAAGGGAACCCUGCGCGUGGCGGGCCAAGGCAUCAAGGAAACAAAGAGCGAUCAGGCCAAGGUGCCCAUGACAAUUGAGGUCACAGCAGACACUGCCAGUGCAGCCAGGGACAAGGCCAGCACCCUGGCAAAUCGCGUCCUUGGCAACCUGAGCGCGAUAAACGGCAUUGGCAGCGAGAACGCGCAGACGUCCUCGGUCUCAGUGAAUCCGAAAUAUGACACCCGCUCAAGCAACACCAACACCAUUGUGGGCUACACCUACAGCCACCAGCUGACUGUGAAUGUCAAGAAUCUGACCUCUGACUUGCUGUCAGAAGUGCUGGACAUUGCAGUGGCAUCGGGCGGCAACCAGCUGCAGAUCCAGCAAGUAUCGUUUUCCCUGUCGGAUGCGCUGACUGCCGAGGUGAUGGUAGCUGCCCGGAAGUUGUCAGUAGCCAGCGCCAAGGCAGCCGCACAGAUCUAUACCUCGGAGCUGGGGGUGACAGUGGGCGGCAUCAGCUCUGUGACUUCCACCACUGCCAGCUCAGCGCCACAAGGCGGCAAUUCCAACGGCAACAGCCUCAAAACAGCGGCCUACACCCUUGCGUCCACUGAGAGCGGGUCAUCAUCGACGCCCAUCAGCAUUGGGCAGCAGACUGUGACAGACUCCAUUGAUGUGGAAUACUUCAUCUGCACGCCGUCUGCCUGAGGGGGGAGUUUUCUGGCAGCAAGCAAGUCUCCCAAACCACACAUGAUGGUAUUGAUGGACUUGCGCCUGCAAGCAGGGACCCUGCAAAUGCCUGCCAGACUCUAUAGCUAUGCACUGUGGUACACUUGCGAGGAAACUGCAGCCGGCAUGUAUCAUCAAAAUCAAUAUUAUCCAGUGUUGCAAUGUAUGCAUUGGUAUGAAAGCUCACCAUUCAGAAUUUGGCCUGUGAAUGGGUGUGAAUGCCUCGAACCCGCCAUGCAUGUAGAGCAUGUACAGCAAAUGUGGUUUUUGCAAAAGCCCCGAGCAGUGUACACACGAACUUGAAAAUGUGCAUGCAGUAGAGGGCUGUGCCAUGCGCACUGGUGUUUGAGUAUGACUCAUACUGUAAGAGUGGUGCUGUGCUGUUUACUUAAGUAUUUGAAGGGAAGAAUUUGAGCAGUGCUCUCUGCCCGGCAUGCAGUUUGUAUAUUUUUCUGUUCCUGUGUAAGUGUGUGUUGAUGAAUGAUCACAUGAGUUACGAUUUCGCCUCUGCGUUGCAAAGGAUUGCAAGGAUUUCGCCUGCAGCUUGCCUGCAGGACGCAUCUUGCCUCUUGGCAGGAAAAGCGUGUAAUAAUGAUAAUAAUAAUAAUUGCAAAGCACAUCCUAUGCCGGGCAUGGGUAAAUGAGAUAUGUAAAUGGCAUAAGUGUAAGGCGCUAUUGAAUGU